AUGGGAGACCCAUCCCUUUGGAUCGGGGUUCAGAGCAAGCCUCCCACCCUAGCAGCAUUGGGGUCCCCAAUUGCCCCCAAGCUGGGGGUGGGGAGCGACCUACCGGCAGCUUUCAGGGGUUUCCCUCCUCCCACCCACAGCAGGUCUGCUGUGGGUGCUGGUUUCCUGGCGUCCCUGCAGGCCCCCCCCACCCCAGCCGCUCCCCACCCUGUGAUUGCGGAAGUUCCUCUUUGCGCAGCGCGGAAAACCAGAGCGGGGGGAGCCUGGCUGGGGUGGGGGGGAGCAGACGCACCUGUGUGCAGGGGCCCUCUUUGUGGGACCUGCACCAACCACAGAGACCCAAGCAGAGGAUGGAUGGGGACGGGCGUGGCUUGGAGAGCCUGGAGGACUUUGUCUCAGGUCCCCUUGUUACAUGGACCGACCCCUUGGCGUGCCCGGCCACCCCAGAGCCAGGAGGGUGACGAGAGGCUGCGACUCCAGACCCUGCAGGUCCUGCUGCAGCAGCUUCGUGCUUUCUACCAGGAUGAUCUGCAGCAGCUGAUUCUAAUGACUCCCCCUAAUGUGCAGCUUCUCGCCAGAGAGCCCCUGACAGAGCAGGGCAUCAAGGAGAUGCGGAAGCUGCUGCUGCUGCUGCUGGGGGCUGCUGUGCAGUGUGAGCGGAAGGCAGAGAUCCUUGAACGGAUCCAGGGGGACAUCGAGACCAGACUCGACGCGCUGGCCAGUGCCAUCCAGGAGGUAAGAACACCCACCGGUGGUGGGCUGAGCCUGCAGUGGGGGGCGCUGGCUGAGCUGCACCCCCUGGAGCUGACACGGGCGCAGGAUCUGUCCUCCCGGCUGCGGAGUCUGGUAGGGCGGAGCGGGAUACAAUGCGAGAGGCUGUGGGAGCUGCAGCAGGAGCGAGAGUUGUCGUCCCCCCAUGGGCCACUGUCCCCCGAGGGGCCGGACAAUCGCCAGCACCUUGGGGUGCAAACUGGCUGAUGCCAGGGCAAGGCCCGGCGCCUGCGCCAGGAACUGGAGGAGAAGGCUGAGGAGCUGCUGGAUCAGCACCAGGUGCAGGAGCUGGAGGCCGAGCUGAGGAGGCUGCGACAGGAGCACCAGGCGGUGGUGGGUGAGCGCCUGGCGGGCCUGUACCGGGAUGAGCUGGAUGCCAUGCGGGAGAAGGCGGCCCGGGCUGAGCGCCUGCAGGGGGAGCUCUCGGCCCUGAGGGAGCGACUACCUGCGUUGGAGCGGUGCCAGGGGAAACUGAAGGAGGAGCGGGCCUUCUCCCAGGCCCUGCUGGACAGCAACGCCCAGCUGGAGGGGCAGCUGGAAUCUGCCCGCGCCCGGGCCCAGCGCCUGUCCCAGCUCGAGAAGGAGAAUCUACUGCUGCGGAGUCAAUUAGAACAAGUUGAGGAGGAGCAGGAGCGGGAGCGUCAGCGGCUGGAGGAGCUGCAGCAGGAGAAGGUGUUGCUGGAGGGGGAGCUGAGGCAGAAUCUGGGGGUGCCCCAGCACCUGUCCUGGGAAGAGGAGCAGGAGCCCAGUGAGGCUCCCAAUGACAUUGCUGAGACUCCCAAGUCCCUGAGCUACGAGACCGAGGUGACAUCCAGCCGGCUAGCACUGGAGCGGGAGAACCAGGAGCUGCGCCGGAGGCUGCAGCAGGCACUAGAGGCCCCGGGAGAACCCAGGAGUCCGGGCCUUGAGCAGAAGAAUAAGGCCCUCAGCAAAGAGGUGCAGCGGCUGGGGGCAGAGCUGGAAGCCCAGCGGGCCCGGAGCUGCCAGGAGCGGGAGGAGCUGAGUGCCGCCCUGCUGGGGGAGAAGGAGCAGCUGGAGCGGGAGCUGCACAGCUUGCAGGAGCAGCGGCACUGCCAGCAGGAGUCUCUGCAGAGCCAGGGGGACCCAGGCGCCUGGGCCCAGGAGCAGCAGGAGGCACUGGCAGAGAGUGGGCGCCAGCUGUGCCAGGUGGAGGAGCAGGCAUCCAGCCUGCAGGAGGCAUUGCGCCGGCUGGAGGCCACUCAUGCCAAGGCCCUGGAGGGGCUGACGGCCUCCCAGGAGGCCCGGGGCCGCCUGGAGCAGGAGCUGCUGAGACUGCGGCAGGAGCUGGAGCAGCAGCGCCUGGAGGCCCUGCUUCUGGGGCAGCUGGAGGCCGAGGCCCAGGUGCUGGAGAAGGAGCGGGAGGCGCUGCGGGCAGAGUUGAGCCAAGCCGAGCGGGAGCUGGCGGAGGCCCGGAGCAGUCUGGAGGCAGAGCGGCAGCGGGCCGGGCGCCAGGCUGAACAGGCGCGGGAGGCCGCGGAGGAGUUACGGGCGUCCGAGCGUGAGCUGGGCACCCUGCAGCGCGGGCUGGAGCAACACAAGGCGGCCCUGGCCCAGCUGGAGGGCGAGCGAGGGGCGCUGGAGGCGGUGCUGAGCCAGGCGAGAGAGCGCCGGGCACUGGACAAGGAACGGCGUCUGCGGGCCCAGACCCAGGCCCAAGAGGAAGCCCUGGCAGAACAGGGCCGCCGGGCCGCCCAGCUGGAGGCCCAGAGCCGGCUGCAGGCGCUGGAGUUGGGCGGGCUGAGAGAGAGAGUGCAGCGGCUGCGGGAGCUGGAGCAGGAGAGCAAGGGGCUGCGGGAGCAGCUGGCAGCAGAGCGCAAGGCCGCAGCCGCUCUGCGGGAGGAGCUGCUGGGCGAGAAGGUGAAGGGGCAGGAGCGGGAGGCUGACCUGGUGCGGCUGCGGGAGCAGCUGGAGCGGAGGGAGGAGGAGCAGCGCCUCCUGGAGGAGCAGCAGGGCACCCAGCAGAGCCAAUACCAGAGCCUGGACAGGCUGGAGUCGUCCUUCAGGGAGAUGCUGGCUCUGAAGGAGGAGAAGAUUGGCGCCCUCCGCAGCCGGGUGGAGGAACUGCUCACCCUCAAUCAGCACCUGGGGAAACAGCUGCGCCAGGUGAAGAGCAGUCCUGGCCCACCACCUGAGGCUGUGGGGGCCGUGCAGCAGGGCCAGGACCCCGAGCCAACGCUGGGGCUUCGGGCUGAGCUGGAGAGUGACACCCUGAGCAAGCAUCUCAUUGAGGGGAGCGCAGCGUAAAACGCGGCGCUGCUGGCAGAGAAAGAGGCUCUGAUGGGGCGACUGGGGCAGCUGGAGUCGCAGCUGGGUGCCCUGCAGGGGGAGCUGCUGAGCCUGCAGGGGCAGAGGGGCCUGCGGGAGGAGAGUGGGCGGCUGCAGGCCCAGUGUGGGGCCCUCCAGGUGGAGCAGGCAGCGCUGCGCUCCCAGAAGGCAGCCCUAGAGGCCCGGCGUCGGAGUGGGGAGCGACUGGCAGGGCUGGAGGCUGAGGUGCGGGCAGCCCGGCAGGAGAGGGACGAGUGGCGCGGGCGCCACGAAGGGCUGGUGCGCAACCAUGACAAGCUGGCACUGCUGCAUGAGCGCCAGGGCGCUGAGCUGGAGGGGCUGCUGGGCAAGCAGGCCGGCCUCAAGGGGGCCCUGCGGGCACUGGAGCAGGAGCACCGAGAACUGCAGGACAGGCACAGCCAUCUGGUGGCACAGCAGGCCGGGCUGGAGCAGCGGGAGACAGCCCUGCGGGGGGAGCGGGAGCGGCUGGAGGGGGCUGAGCGGGAACACCGGCAGCUGGGGGAACAGCAUGCCAGGCUGCAGGACGAGCAUGCACGGGUGCAGGCGGCGCUGGCAGCAGCCGAGCGAGCACAGGAGGAGCAGCAAGGGGAGCUGCGGGGCCUGCGGGGCCGGCUGACGGGACUGCAGCUGGAGCAGGCGCGGCUGGAGGCUGAGGGCACCGCCCUGCGGGAGCAGAACCACCAGCUGGAGGUGGCGCUGGGCCGGAUCGGAGACCAGUGUGAGCUCCUGGCCCAGCUGAAGGGGAACCAGGAGGAGGAGAACCGACACCUGCUGCAGGAGAUCCAGAAACUGAGCAAGGAGAACCGCACCCUGCUGGAGCGCAGCAUGGAGAGCCGGGAGCAGUAUCACUCGGAGCAGCGCCAGCACCUGGAUAAGCUGAACGAGCUGCGCCGGGAGAAACAGAAGCUGGUGGAGAAGAUAAUGGACCAGUACCGAGUGCUGGAGCCAGCACUUCCCAAGAGCAAGAAGAGCAACUGGAUCGCGGACAUGAUGAAGAAGCUAAUGAAGCCACGGCGUGAGCCCUGCCGGGAACAGCAGCGCCUGGCGGAGGGGCCCAAUAGCAUUGAGAACCUGCCGGGACUUGGGCAGGAUGGACGCGCACCUGAUGGGGACUCCAGCACCCCUGCUUCACCUGUGCCCCUGCGCAAGGCCAGCAGCAUGCUGAGCCUGCCCGACACCCAGAGGAUGUACCUGCGGCUAAAUCGGCGCAAGCUGAGCUCCCGUGUCCUGGUCAGCGAGUCCUUCGGGCCUGGGGACGACCCCCGGCAGCGCUUCCGCCAGCGCCAGCGCCCCCUUGCCUUCCUGGGGGGCUCCUGCGAGGAGGCCGCUGUCUCCUGGGAGCCCCAGGAGGGGCAGAGACUCCCCAGUGCUGGCAGCGAGGGAGAGGCCCGGGGCGGCGGCGGCACCAGGAAGCGCCGGGCCCGGGCCAUGUAA